CUUGAACCCUGUCUUAGUGCUUAUUUUUCGCAUCCGCCUUUCUACCUCUCCUCCUCUUCCCUCCCCACGUCCAUUGUUUAGGGCCUACUAAAGCCCGGGCGUGAUCUCUCUCGAAUAGUAACUAUUAGCCUCCACCCUGGACAAGAAUAAACAUCGAAAAAAGAGAGGAUGGUAUCCGAUCAAGAUCCCGAGAUCUCAACGCCACUCUUAGGAACCCAUCCAACCAGAGCGCAUGUCGAGUACAAGCACCAGCACAAGCGAUGGAUCCUAUUUCUCUUAUGCACGGUAAUUGUCACACUUGACUUUGGCACUUUCCUCUCCCUUGCUCCACAGACUCAGAUUAUGGAAUCAAUCAUCUGUCGCAGGUUUCAUCCAGGACUGUUUAUCGACCUCCCACAUGGGCAGUUCUUGUCAGAUGAUACACCCUGCAAAUCUGUAGAUGUACAGGGGGAGCUGGCAUUGAUCAGUGGAUGGAAAGAUACAUUGGACCAGAUCCCGGGAAUCAUCCUUGCCCUGCCAUUGGGCUUCCUGUUGGAUCGCAUUGGCCGCAAGCCUGUUGCGAUGCUAAGUAUGAGCGGACUCCUCAUGGAGGAGAUCGCGAUCCGCAUCAUCUGCUUGUACAGUGAAGCAAUUCCCCUUCGAGCCAUCUGGCUCACGCCUUUAUUUCAAUUAUGUGGUGGUGGUUCUCAAAUAGCCAGCUCUGUGGCCUUCACCGUUGUCACAGAUAUCUUUCCCGCAGAACAGCGUGCAAACAUAUUCUUCGUGCUCUUUGCGGCUGUCCUACUUGCCGAGAUCCUUGCAACACCUCUGAGUGCUUGGCUUAUGUCCUGGUCGCCGUGGCUUCCAUUCCUGCUCGGCUGGCUCUGUGAAGGUUGCGGCUUACUGGCGGCCAUACUUAUCCCGGAGACUCUGCCCAAGUCGCCAAACGAAUUGGAAUCUGAAUCGGCAGAUGAGGGGUGUGAUCGGCUUGACCAUCCACCCACCUCGCCUAAAUGGAAAGGGUCCCUCUAUAGUGCCGGGUCCCAUAUCAUGAGCUUAACUGCAUUUGUCUGGGGAAAUUUCAACACGGUGGCUAUUUCAAUUGCAUUCCUGGCGGCUAGUGUUGGAGGGCAGGCCCUCCAGUUGAUCAUCCAAUAUGCUUCCAAGCGCUACUCAUGGACAAUGGCAAAGGCAAGCUUUCUCAUCUCUCUAAAAGGAAUGAUUGAUCUCGUCGUCUUGCUUCUAUUGCUACCAACUAUCUCCCACUAUCUGAACCGGUACCUUUCCCCGGCUGUCAGAGAUCUUCGAAUAACGCAGGGAAGUGCAGCUAUUCUAGCAGUUGGGUUCGGCAUCAUGGCAGUGGCUGAUCAACCAGUGCUGUUCGCCGUUGGUGUAUCCAUUCUGGCCUUAGGCUGGGGUUUCUAUUCCACCCUCCGCAAUGUGGCCACAACAUUGGUUGCGGAGUCUCAAAUCGGGACACUCAAUACCACAAUCGCUCUUGUCCAGGGGAUUGGGAGCAUGAUUGCUGGACCGUUGCUCGCCAAUGCAUUUCGAAAAGGUAUGACGCUGGGUGGUACCUGGAUGGGCUUGCCAUACAUGGUGGGUGCUAUGCUGUUUGUGUUGGCAGGACUGGCUGCGUCUAGCGUACGGACACCUCAAUAAAUUCACCUUAUUACCCCAAAUAUAUAUAUAUGUAUUGAUAUGCACGAGUAAACGCCAUAGCGUUCUCUAGGAUUUCUAUACCCCCCCCUGCCUUUGUUCUCUUACAUAGGCGUAAAUUAUUGCAUUUAUUUUUGUAAUAAUUCAAUUCGUGGGCCUAUUUUGAUCUGCCAUCGAGGUGCACAGGGCCUCAUUUCCGAUAGGGUUGGAAAUUCGGAGAAUUGAAACACGAGCAAGGAGAGCAACUUGGAGAUCAACCAAUAUCUGCGUACACCUUGCCGCAAUUAAAUGGGUGCCGGGAGACACCUGACCUCCUGCUGCAUCUGGCGACGGUAUUAAACGGUAGGAAAUGCCUCGGCGUACUAUGUAUGUACGGAGGAUGGUACUUUAAUACGAAGGGGAAAAGCAAGGCACCCCCUUUUGAACCGUAAAGGGUCAAAUUCUGUUGGAUUCCAUGCGCCAGU